AUGGACGAAUUCCGGACGGGUUACUUAGUGGCGUUGCUAGCGUUAGUUUCAUUGGGACAAAUCGUGGUGGCCCAAACUGAAGAAUACGAAUACUACUACGAAGAAGUAAACGUAACCUCCACAACGUUACCCCUUUCUGUGCCACCAAUCGAGACGACUACAGUGACUUUAGUGGUGGCAGCACAAGGAACUGCGGCGACAACUACACCAUUAGCCUUGGUGGUAGAAAAUUCUGAAGAACCAAAAAACAUAACUGCGCUACCCAUUGUAGACGAUACUACGGAUGGCAUUCUGGUGCAAAAUAAUUGGUCCACUACCGCAAUAGAUAGUAAGCCCCUGGAUCCGGUGUACGCACAUCGAACCGAUCAGAUAUUAACACAGUUGAAUAGUACUCGCCCGGUUAGGUACAAUUUCACAGUGUACAAAACUACCACCCGGCCUAAUACUCAACCAGGAAUAGUGCUCAACAUCUACACCGGCAUGUAUGGAAUGCAUUCGCGAGGAAAAUACCAACCCAGCGGUGGGCAAAAUAACUUCCGGCCACGGACCCAACCUACCCUGCAGGGAUGGUACGGUAUGUACGGGAUGUACAAUCGUCGACCGAUGCAGUCGUACAUGCCGAGACAGAACGCACCACCCGUAUAUAGGGGCCGUGGACCACAGAACGGUUACAACGGUGGGUAUAAUUCCUUCACAUACCACACGGCAACGAAACCAAGGCGAAACGUUCAGCAAACCCAUGGCCCCGCACUGGAUCAGCAAGCAAGCCUGGCCGUAUUCAAUUUUCUCCUGCAAGCACUAGGGCAGCGUUCGGGUGCUAACGGUCGAUCGAAGUCGCAAGUUCAGCAAGGAUCCCGCAGAAGGCAAUGA